AUGGAAAAUUCCUCAAGCGAUGACAAAGAUGAGGAAAGAAACUCAUAUAGAUCCUUGAUGGCCUUGGAAGAGUCAAAACAAGAUGAUACACUGGCUUUCAUGGAAAACUAUGACUCGGAAUUAGAAGAUGAGGACCCAAUGAAGAGUUCUCAAGAUUCAGGUUUGGGAAAAGGUUCUUCAACCCCUCAACCCGCACCAACGGAUGAACCCUCCACGCAGGGUUCAAAUUGUGAUAUUUCAGAAUCAGCACAGCUUAUCGCUGAGGCCGAAAAGAAGAAAAGGAAACCCAGUUUGGACCCUUCUAUUGCUUCUACCGGGGCUGAGACAACUCUAGUGGAGGUACCAGAGGAGAGUGUCGCAGUUAAUCUGCUUGGCUCUUCCAUAGGUGGGGGACCUGAGACCCCUUUACCCCUGGUAAUAGAAUUUCUCCAAGCUCCGCUUCUUUUAAGGGACGUCGAGAUGAUCGAGGUUAUGGACGACACUUCCCCUGAGGCGGAGCCUAUGGAAAAAAGGGCCAGACAGGCUGAAACAACUCCUCCUCCUGCUCAAUCCUCAGAGCAGGAGAGUUUUGAUCAUAUGUUUUCCGAGGAUGGGUCCGCCGAUAAUCCUCCUGCAACAGCGGAAGCCUCUGGGCAACUCGAGUUCGAAAGGGCCAUAGAGAAGGAAGCCUUGAAGGUUUCCCAAGAGAAAGCCAAGAGUCGGGCCCGAGAAAAUAAGAAACUCAAGAGCGAGCUCGAGGCUGCUAUCCGAGACAAUGAUAGGCUUCAGGACGAGCUGGCAGCUUCUAACCACAUUCACAAUACUCUGAGAGAAAUGAGGUCCGAGCUGGAGGUCAAACUAAAAAAAUCUCAGGAUGAUCUGAAGGAAUCCCAUGAUAAAGUUGAGGCUACCGAAGCUUGGUCCAUCCUUCGAGUAGAAUAUGAGAAGUGGAAAUCUGAAAGUUCUACGCUUGACGCGGCUCAACGAGGUAUUGUGAAUAUUUCUGCUCAUAUUGCCGAGGCAAAGGAACUCAAGGAUAGAGCUAAGAAAAUACUCGAUGAUAGUUCCGAGGAAGCCCCUGAAGAGUCUGGCUCUAGUGACUCGGUUCUUCUUCGACGGAUUAAACAGGCUUAG